AUGUUUGUCUUUGCCGCACUGGUGGCAGUCACUUUUGCUGUCGUCCCAAUCGAUCUGAAAUCCGAAACCCUCACCGGAAAAGAUCUUGUCGAUUAUGUCAACUCUGCCCAAUCCGAUUUCAUCACUGAGCAUGUCGAUGUUUCCGAGGAAUUCAUGAAGUCCCGUGGGAUGAAUGUCAAAUACGCAGCUCCUCACUCCGAUGAGAUCCGUUCUACCGAGGUCAACAAUGUCCUUCCUUUUAUCCCACCCUCCUUCGAUUCCCGUACCCGAUGGUCCAACUGCACAUCUAUCGAAAUGAUCCGUGAUCAAGCCCAAUGUGGAUCCUGCUGGGCUUUUUCAACUGCUGAGGUCAUCUCCGACCGCAUUUGCAUUGCUACCAAGGGAACCCAACAACCGACCAUUUCCCCAACCGAUAUGCUUGCCUGCUGUGGAAAUUCCUGUGGUGACGGAUGUAAGGGAGGAUACCCAAUUCAAGCUUUCCGAUGGUGGAACUCCAGAGGAGUGGUUACUGGAGGAGACUUCCGAGGAUCUGGAUGCAGACCAUACCCAUUUGCCCCAUGCAUUUCCUGUCCUGAAGAAAAGACCCCAACGUGCUCCUUGAGCUGUCAAUUCGGAUACUCAACAGCCUACGCUAAGGACAAGCGCUUUGGAGUAUCCGCAUACGCUGUUGCCAGAAACGUUGCUGCCAUCCAAACCGAAAUCAUGACUAAUGGGCCAGUCGUGGGCGCUUUCACCAUGUACGAGGACAUGUACAAGUACAAGAGCGGAGUCUACAGACACACUGCAGGAAGGCUUCUCGGAGGACACGCCAUCAAGAUCAUCGGAUGGGGAACUCAGAACGGAAUUCCAUACUGGCUCAUUGCCAACUCUUGGGGAGCUAACUGGGGAGAGAACGGAUUCCUCAAGAUGCGUCGCGGAGUCAACGAAUGUGGAAUUGAGAGAGCUGUCGUCGCCGGAAUGCCCAGAGUUUAA